GGGGAAGUACGGAAUAUAUUUCGGGCAACAACCGGUAAUUAGAGCUCUAUGUAAAAUAUAGAAUUUACAACCAAAGAGGGCAGUCAAUCAUUUCCAGGUGUGGGAAGGAACGAGUAGAGGGCGGUAAAGCCGUAGCAUUUAGUCUGCUGAGUCUGCUCCUCGUCACCAAUUCGUUCGAAGAAGAAUAUCAACUGAUGAAGAUAUGGGGUCUGUCACAGAUGACGAAGUCAUUCGAAAGCGUCUUCUUAUCGACGGCGACGGGGCUGGGGAUGAUCGGAGAAUCAAUUUGUUGUUGAAAACCUUCACCAAGUGGUGCAACUCACCUGGGACACCGGAAGAAAGCUUCACACAGUACCAGAGGAUGCUAGGGACACUGGCCCAAUGUGAAUUCUCCCUGGGGAAGACUCUGAUGGUCUAUGAUAUGAAUCUGAGGGAAAUGGAGAAUUAUGGCACAAUCUACUCCAAUAUAGAACAAAAUAUAACUUCAGCACAUGAGAAGAUAGCAGAAUGCAAAAAGGAAAUCCAGAGAGCGAAGAGAGUAAGAAAGAACCGCCAAGAAUACGAUGCUCUUGCAAAGGUUAUUCAGAAUCACCCUAAUCGUCACGAAACACUCAAGCAGUUGGAGGCACUUGACAAAGAACUCCAGCAGUUGUCGAACAUCAAGGAGAAUGUGGACGCUAAGUUGGAGCUACGGAAGAAACAGUUCCAUGUGCUACUCAGCACCAUACAAGAACUACAGCAGACCCUUGAAAAUGAUGAGAAAUUAGACACGGAUGAAAACAAUCAGCAAAGUCCGUCUGGGAGCGCCGAAUGAUGAACUCCGUUCUUUUGUUUCGAAUGAAGUGAACCAAUUUUGUUUGCAACAUCUUCUGUAUUUUUUUUUUUUUUAAUAAAUUGGAAAACUACU